UAGUUGGUCUUUCAGGUGCUACUGAAGGAAUUUUUAAAAAAUGUUUUCUAUUAGCUUGGAAAAUGGAAGAACUGUGUGUUACAGUACUUAGCUAGAAGUCAUUGCAUUUUAAACAUCAGUUUUUGUGUGAUUUCUGUCCAUUUAUUGAUCAUUUAUUGAUUAAUCAGCUUUGAAGCAUCAACUGAUUAAAACAAGCACUUUCUACUAUUCUAGUCUAUAGGUAGAAUCUACAAAACCGAAUCUGUCUGGUUCUACCUGAUAUAGUUUCAGCUUUUUCCAUAAUAUAGCACUUAUUCCAGAGCUGUAAAACAGCUCCUGGGCUGCUCAGAUAUUCUGGGUCAAGGCAGUAAAGACCAUUCAGACAAAUUUCAUGGCUUCCAACCCUGGUGCUUUUAGCUUAUACCCACUAGGCUUGGGAUUUCUGUGCCAUGUCCCUAACUGGCAAAGAUAUAAAAAACGUCCAGUAGUCCUACAGCAAAGCUUGCUUUCACUUGUUUAGGAAGAAACUGGUAGGAUAUCCUGUAGAAGACUGGAAAUAGGAAACUUGUCUCUUUAAAUUCAGUUGAAUUGCAGCAGUUGGGGUUUGCUGCUUGUCUAGAAAGGUGCAUAUCAAGGACCUGGAUCCUGUGAUCAACAUCUGAGGACUUUAUUUGUGUGCCCCUUCCACAAGAGGUGCAGAGAGUGGCAACACAAGAACAGACCUUUUUAUGGAAUGCUCACCCCAAGGAGGCUCGCCUGGCGCCUUCAUUACAUCUCUUUAGGCACCAGGUGAAAUGUUUCUCUAUAGCUAGGCCUUGGGUUGAUUAACAUGCAAUGCAAUGGGUGGCCUUUUAAAUGUGUUUGUGAAAGGGGGUGGUUAUUGGUAUUUUUUGUUACAUAUUUUGUGUUCUCGUUUGUAUUUUUAUGUUGUGAACCACCCUGUGAUCUUUGAAUGAAGGGUGGUAUACAAAUUCAAUAAAUAAAUAUACUGAAUGUAUGUUUGGGCAGCUCUGAAGCACAAGGGCAGCACAUUUAUCAAGGAAAGGGUGUGAUUAUGCUUAGCAGGGCUUGGGUAAACUGUCCUGGGUCUUUCCCCUUUGAUGCCAAAGUCACUUGCAGUUUCACUGGAUCAUAUUUCCUCUGCAUUCAGUUUAACUGACCGCAGGCUCCAGCAUCUCCAAUCCUGCUGUGGCUCAGGAAUGUUGUAUUCUUUCCAAUCCCCUUGCCCUUUUGACUGGAUGGCCCUAGUAACUAAGAUAUUGUGGCACUGAGUUAGGUUGCGUGCAUAGCAAGCGAGCUAAAGAAGGCAAACAAUUUGGAUGUCAUAGCAGUACUCUUGCCCUUUGCCGCUUCUCAUAAAAGAGCAGAAGGAAGCACAGCCAAGUCCCUCUUCAUCUUUCUUUACAAUUUGUUCCUUUCACAGGUAGAGUAAACCUUGUUAAAAAGGCUGCAGAAGAUGCCCCUAUACUUUAGAAUAUUUCCUGGAUUUUACACAGGGUGAUGUCUCCUUAUGCCAAGCACAGCAUAAUGUGAUAGAGCCCUACAUCAUCUUUUCCAAGUCAGUUGUACUGUAAUGAUAAAAAAUGAGUUAAAAGCCUGGCCCACAAUGAUAUACACUGUGCAGUUUAGAAUCGUUACAUAAUGUGACUUUUAAAACUGCAUUUUGAAGACUAAUCUGCUGUGGGUCUACUGAAAGCUAAUGUUUUGUGAUGCACUAAUUCUGGGUAACAAAAUAAAUUAAGUUGUUUGUGUGCAGCUAACUUGGGAUAGUAUUCCUCACCUGUUGUCAGGAGUCAAUGAUUACAGUUACCCCUGUUGUCAUGGCACCCAUAAAUUUAAUGCUUCUGAACAGCCUGCACCAAUAAGCCACUGUAAUAUUUUGCUCCUUAAACAAAAAGUACAGUAUCUUUCUCCUAUUCAGCCACUGCUGAUGAAUUGCUAAACCUGCCUUGCUAAACCUGCUAUGCCUUCCCCAAGCCUCUGGCUGAACUGGAGGUAGCUGCUCCAUCUUAAAGUCAUUUUCCUUGUGUGCUCUGGUUCUGUAGCUGGAUCAGGCUAAAGGCCCAUCCUGAUCUCACAAUGGCCAACUACAUGCCUGUGAGAAGCCCCAACUCUCUUCGCACUUGUCAUUCCAAGCAAGUGGUAUUCGGAGGUGCAGUGCCUCCAACAUUUGAGGCAGAACAUAGCCCUCAUGGUUCGUAGCCACUGAUAGCUAUUAUUGCUCCAUGAAUUUGUCUAAUCCUCUUUUAAAGGAGGUGGCCUUCUCUACAUCUUGAUUCCACAGCACCUGCUUGUUUCUUUUAACUGCACAUUCCUUAGUUCCAAUGAAAAGCUGCCUUGAUGUUGUUGAAUUUAAAUUUCUAAAUAGAACAAGUGUUUAAUUUCUAAAUCGAACAAGUGUGGAUAAUGCUGGAGGGUAGAAGCCUUUCAAUCUUUCCUGUAAGCACCCCUUUCAUUCUGGACUCUGAGUGUGAGGAAUAUAUUUGGCUCAGUGGAAAGAGCAAAGCACUCUGCCUUUGCUCAGAUGCACCUUUUGCCAUUCAUGCUGGCUUAUAGAAAUUAUUGUUGGCUACUCAGCCCAACUGCAUUUUACUGCUCUUAGGUAAAUACGGUAGUGCUAACAGAGAUGAGGGUGAUUAUAACUGAGCUCUUAUCUAUUACACUAACAUUCACUUGUUUUAUAACUGUUCUGCAUCUUUGUAAAUGGGUUUUUUUUUCAAGAAAGUACUCCCAGUUUCAUAUGCAGCUCUCUUUGCUUUUCAACAUUCAUUCCACUUUGUGCAACAUCAUUUGGUUGUCUUGGACACCAAGUAAAACUAUAUUAUAGAAAAGAAAUAGAAAUGGAAUAAGGAAGAUAAUUCUGACGGAUCAAAUUGUUUCCUGUUAUAACAAUGUAUUGAAUUUUGAAUGUAUUAUGUUCUCUGCAUUUUAUAACUUUGUAACUUAUUGUCUUUAACAAAUACUAUUGGUGGUUUAACUGGAUAUUUCCUUAUUUUCAUAACAUAGUAUUCUUCCAAUAACUAGGAGAGACUUUCAAAGUUGUAAAUAUUCUCUGUGGAAAAACAAUUUCCCUCUUAUUGGCACAUUUGAUUUUUUUAAAAAAGUCUGCAAUUUGGCAUAUGUAUUUUUACUAUUGGUCAAUAAAGUUUUCUAUACUGUAAAAAGUCACAAACUGUGUUGUGUUUGAAAACAGCUUGGAGCAGGGCCAGCCCUACCAUUAGGUGGAAUCAAGUGGGCACCUUGGGCUCCAGGUGCUGGGGGUGAACGUGAUGUCCUCAAGUGUGGUGCACAACACCAUCUUGAUGCAGUGCGGAAGUAACGUUCAACUACUAGUCCGGUCAGCUUCUGCAUCUUGUCUUCUGCCUCAGGCAACCCAAAACAUGAGCAUUAACCAAAUUUCUAAAAGCUAAGUGGCUGAAGAUGGGAGAUCCGUUUUUCCUAAUGUUAAGGCUUCAACUGUGGCCAUCUGUAUGCUUCUGAAAAGUUCACAAAUAGAUUAUUGUGGAGAAAGCUCUCACACUAUUUCAGCUUAUGUUAUGAUAUACUGCCUCUGAAUGGGAAGAUCCAGAUUUUGCUACCAUCACUAGUAGCCAUUGAUAGACCUAGGCACCAUUUUGUGGCAAGCAUGAGUACCAACUUCAAUAAAAUUUUGGGACGCAGGUAAGCUCUGCCCCACAUUCUCGAUCACAAGACACAGUGCAUGAGCACCAUUUGAAUGGUAAUGCCUAUAAACUUUUUUUGGGGGGGCAGCCUUCUCAAUUAUUUUAUUGGGGGGCAAAGGAGUUGGCUCAUAUGGUAGCAAGAGUUCCAUGUGUUAUUUAUACUCCAUGUCGAUGAACAUUCAUUCUUGUUUUGCCAAUCAGUUUCAUUUGAUGACUUUCUGUUCAUGCACUCCAUCUCUAAUCUUAUAAACUUGUAUCAUACAGUAUUUGCCUUCCUUAUACUCUUUUUUCUGUUUUUGUUUUUAAAAUACCUUUAUUUCAAAUUUCCUUAUACUCUUUUUGAGGGGAAUAAAAUUUAAAGCCCUGCUUUUAUACCACUUUCUGCAGAGGACAUAUUCCACUUCAACCCUGAUAAAUUUUAAUUCACAUUCCUACACUGCUUUGAGAACUCUGUGCAGUCACACAGGUUCUGCAAGCUCAGAACCUGUAUGACUGCACAUACGUAAAGCAACAUGCUUUGGCAAGCAGCCUGCCCCCCAGGGCAUGACUCCCACCUUCCCAGUCAUAAUACAUUUCAUUGCUACCCCAGCAAUUUUAAUUUCCAUUUUCUGCACUAUUCCCCAUGUGGCAUAAUCAGAACUUGACAAAGUACCCCAAAUGAACAUUUGUAUACCGAUAAAACUGCAUUAGGAUUCUUAGCACUCAAAGUGCACUGAACUUCAAAAUAUUGAAUUUGCUUUAUUGUUGUAAGAUGCUGUAUUCAACAUUAUAUAUUUCCAUAAUGAUAGUGCUAUGCAAAGUUUAAACCACCAAAAUACCACCAGUAAACCAUGGGUUGUAUCCCACUGCAUCAGUGGGUUCAGGGAAUGACUUGUGCGAAUGCAAUUGAAUUUCUAUUACCUCCCCUACCCACUGCCCCCAAAUCUGCUCUGGGUUUCCCCUCAACCUCUUCCCUCCCCGAGCAGAUUUGUGGGCAUUGUGGCAGAGUGAGGGGGAAGAAGGAAGGGAGGUUUGGUCGCUCUCACAGAAGUUCUUCUGUGCACAUUGUGAUUUUGUUGGCUACAGCCCCAUGUUUGUUGGUAUUUCAAGCCUGUGUAAGCAUCUUCUGGUAAGAGAAAUAAUUAUAAUGUUUCUUCUUUGCAGCACCUCUUUAAAACAUAACCGUAGCCACCUCCAAAGAGCAGGAGGCAGCAGAGGAUGUUGGUUGUGCUUCUGUUUGAAAUGUUGUGACCUGUUUCAAAGCAAAGUGCAGGGCCCCCCCCUUUCCCCCUCCACCCAGACUCUUUCAGCCGACGGCAUGAAGUUUCAUCCAGACUUUCCUUCCAAUUCAGCUGCUUCAGCAGAAUGAGAGAGUUGUGCUGAUUUUGACUUUUGUACAGUGGAAGCCAUCUUAACAUCUCAACACCUACUUUGCCUCUGUCUUCACCCAGAAGGAAAGCAGUGCCCAACCUGGUGAUUACAGAAUAAACAAUGGCAGGAGGGAGCUGCAGCCCAAUGUCUACCCUACACAACGUCCAUAUCAGGGAUUUCGUUUGCAACAACUUGUAACACUGCAUCAUCACUCUGUGCAGCCACCAACAAAAACGAGCAACCGCAAGGCAAUGCAUUGCAUGUGUGUAUAACAAUAGAGAAAUCAAAACAUUCCACACCCCCUUUGUAAUGGUUAUCUGUUGGUAAUGCAAAGGGGGAUAUCAGCAGGCAACUUUCUCCUUCGUGCUAACGGAAAGGAAGCCUGCGUGGGCCGUGCUCCUCUCGUGCAUCCCGCAAAGCCAAGAGCGUUGCGUCUGGAAAUGCAAGACCUCUCUCUCUACGCAGGUCUAUACCGUAUAUGUGGCGUAUUCCAGACAAAGAAGCGGCGGCGUUUUCCUAGCCUGGCUUUCAUCCAGGCAGACGGCUCUGGGGCGAGGAGGGCCCGGCGGCGGGGCAGUCGAGCCGGGCGCCCCCCAGCGGCCAUUCUCUGCCAAAGCCCGGAAAGUGGCGGCACUGUCGAGGGGCGCAGAAGUUGGCUUCGCCUCUCAACUGUGCGCCGCGCUACCUCCACCCCACCGCCCCUUUUCCUGCCGCCUCCGUCCGAAUGUGACUGGGUGGGGUGAGACCCCCUGCCUUCUCCGCCCACCCCUCUCCCUCCGCUUUGCCGGGCGGACGCUGGCUGCUGCUGUGGGCUGCGCAUUCCUGGCCGCCGCCCCCCGGGAGGGAGCCGCGGCACUGAAAGGCUCGCUUAUGCGCGGCGCAGACACUGGCCAAUUCAUCCGCGUCUCGCCUCUGCUCCUGCUCGCUCCGCCAGCGCCAUGAAGCUCCUGCCGUCCUGUCCACCUUCGCGGGCCGCCGCCGCGGUGCUGCUGCUGCUGCUGGGGUUGGGGCUGCUGUCGGCGAGCCCCCCGGCCGGCCUGGCCGAGACCCCCAAAGGCAAGCAGAAGGCGCUUCGCCAGAGGGAGGUGGUGGACGUGUAUAAUGGGAUGUGUUUGCAAGGACCUAAUGGUGUUCCUGGAAGAGACGGAAACCCUGGUGUCAAUGGAAUUCCUGGAACACCUGGGAUCCCGGGUCGAGAUGGACUAAAAGGAGAAAAAGGAGAAUGCAUGAGAGAAAGAUUUGAGGAGUCUUGGACACCCAACUACAAACAAUGUUCAUGGAGUGCUCUGAACUAUGGCAUAGACCUUGGAAAAAUUGCAGAGUGCACAUUCACAAAGAUGCGCAGCAACAGUGCUUUAAGAGUCCUCUUCAGUGGAUCACUUAGACUCAAAUGCAGAAACGCCUGUUGCCAGAGAUGGUAUUUUACAUUUAAUGGAGCUGAAUGCUCUGGGCCACUUCCCAUUGAAGCUAUAAUUUAUUUAGAUCAAGGAAGUCCGGAAUUAAAUUCCACCAUUAACAUACACCGCACUUCUUCAGUGGAAGGGCUAUGUGAAGGGAUCAGCGCUGGCCUGGUGGAUAUUGCUGUUUGGGUUGGUACUUGCUCUGAUUACCCACCUGGAGAUGCUUCCACUGGAUGGAACUCAGUCUCUCGCAUCAUUAUAGAAGAACUGCCAAAAUAGAGCUCUGUCAAAGCUUCUCACCUCCCUUUCACCACUUAUAUUUCAUACCUUACACACUAACUCCAUGCUUUAAAUCUAUAGUUUUCUGUGUAUCAAAGUACUUGACUAUAACGCACAAGCUUGUUCUACAGAAAAUAUCUGUAAACAAUUGAUUUCUUUUUUUUAAAGUAUAGUUUAUGGGUUUCUACACUUUCUGGAUUUAUUUACUAUCUUUGUACAAUUUCUAGACAAUUCUUACAUUUGUUAAUAAAGAUAAUCUUUUAGAAAUAGCCAAAUGAAAGGAAUUUUAAUUUUUGUUAUCAAACAGAAUUUGCUCAAGCCUACACCUACUACCACAAAUCAGUACAGCUUUAAUUAAAAUCUCACUAACUUUGCAUAAGGGUCUAUACAUAACUAUACAUAAGGGUCUGGUGACUUCUGUUUCAGUGUAUCUGAAGUGUGCAUGCACAUGAAAGCUCAUACCUAUGACAAACUUAGUUGGUCUCUAAGGUGCCAUUGGAAGGAUUUUUUAUUUUUAUUUCAACUUUGCAUUGAAAGGGGUGUGGAUGAAAAACCAUUUGUUUGAUGGGGGGCGCACACACACAAUAUUUGAAUUAAUUUUUUAUUGAAUGCUAAUAUAGUUGAAUUCCCAUUGCUUUCUAGAAAAUAGCUACUUCAGGCUUAGGGGCUCUGAUGAGCAUGUGCACACCUUCCUAUUUCAAGGCAGGGCAAGGCCACAAGUUCAUUCCUUUCUGUAUGCAAAACUUCCACCUGCAGCGCAGUGAAUGGCAAUGAUUACUCACAUAGGAGUUCAGCCCGUGCAAGCUGGAAAAAUGCAUGGGACUGUUGCUCUAAGUGAAAUGGAAGGUCAAGCUGAGUUAUCAGCACCAAUAAAUCUCACAAACACAUGCCACCAUCUCAAAGAACUAGCUUUAAUAUCAAAAGCACUGCAGGUGAGUUCAGGUGAGACUUUGCAAGUACAGCAUCUUCAUAGAUGGUUUCUAUGAGACAUGCUCAGGAAGCAAUGUGGAAUAUGCAUGCAAGAUAGUUACAUACUAUCCUCGGCACAGUUCAUUUGCCAAGUAUUCUUAGACAUUGAAAAUGGGUUUUCUGGACACAUUUUUAAUCAACCCAUGUCUAAAUUGUUGGGGGUUCAAGUACACUACGUACAACUUGUAUUAAAUAAUUAAACUAAAGAACCUACGAUUACAAGGAAAUUCAUACACAAGGCUUUCAGAAUUUCUCUUGCCCUUUUGUUCCAACUUAAAUAUUAAAUAAAACUACAAAAAUAAGCGGAAUAUAUACCAUGUAGCAUUUUCCUCAUAUGUAGGGGCCUCUCUGCCAUUUGGGGAUACUUUCAUAAUUUUUUUAUAUAACUUUCCAUAGUUAAAACCACACUGUACUGUAUGUCCCCACUUUUCAGACAAGCAUGGUCUCCUCAUGAGACUCACAUCAAUUUAAAAAAUGAGAGGCCCAGACAUGAGUUUUACAAAUUAAAAAGGCAAUAUGCAAAAUGAAGGUAAGUAGGAGAAUAUCGAGUAUUAGUUAUUCAGGGUGAUAACGGAACAGUAAAGCAACAGGUGGCAUGUAUAUCCAGCUGAGGCCAGGCCAAUCUUCCAUUACUGAUGCUUUUGCUUGAUUAGGUAUACUGGUGGCUUAUGUUCCUUAGGCCAAUGAUUGGGGCCACAGCACCCUUUCCCAUUGCUUCUGUACUCUCAAGGCAACCAGCAGCUGGAGCACAGUGCUUACCAGCCACUGCAAGGAGGCCAAAGCAAGCUGGCUGCCCCCACUUCCAGGCUAGCUUUCCCCAUACCACCCGAGGAAGAAGCAGGGCCACUAGUCAAAGCCAGUCAUGUACUUAUACAAAGCCCAUCUGGAUAAAAAACCAAUAAUUUCUAUCCAAGGACCAUUUUAACUAUUUCUAAUUCGCCAAAGAUUUAAACUGGAUAUGGGCAAGAGUGCUUUAAACACUGGCUCUAUCUCAUCCAAAUAAUUUAUAGGCUGGAAUCCAUGGGGCUUGUGCUAGCAACUUUAAACACUUUUGAAAUUGUGUUCAAUUUCAAAGACAGUUUGCCUGUGACAUGGGAUGGUGGUGGUGUUCCAGAAAGCUGCAUCUAAAAAACCAAUUGGGUUUUCAUUUUUGUUUUAUUCUGCUCAUAAACUAGUUACAUUAUAAUUACUUACAGAGUUCUGAAUAAUGACAACCACCUGUUUUCAAAUGACCCUUUUCAAAUGACCCUUUGAUCUACACAUUCAUUUUAUUUAGGUUUCCCCUUCUAUUUGAACGCUAAAAAUUCAGUUUCUCUUAGUAAUGGCAUGCAGAACUCUACGAUCAAUGGGUGAUAACCAGUGUCAGUCAUACUCAAAGUUGAUCCAUUAGAAUAGUUAAAAGCACAUUGAUUUUAAGGAGUCUACUUAGAUAAUGUCAUUAGAUGACCGCCAGCUAAUGCAAACUAUACUAAGCACUAUGACCAUAAACAAAUGUUGACUCAAUCAUGCUUGACCUUUAUUUCUAUGAGUUUUAAGCUUGCAGCCCUAUGCACACUUUCCUGGAACGAAAAGUCUCAUAAAAAUGCAUAUACAAACACACAAAGGUUUAAUGGGGAUGUCAGGCUUUUGGAAGCCCCAAGAAACCCUUGGAAGGUCCCUUAAAACUUUUGGAAAAAAUAUAUAAAAUAAGAAUAAUAUUUGAGAAAACUGGGUAUUGAAACUUCCUUAAUCUAAAUCAUAUAUCCCAGUUUACAGCGGCCCUUUAAAGUACGCUUCAUGCAGAGUAUACGCAGUCAGAAGUCGACCUGGCUAAGAAAACACCACCAAGAGCGUGGGGUAUUAUUUCCCUUAUAUGAAACCCCUUACUAGCUGUACACUUGUGUCGUGUGACAAGACCUGCAUUUCUGUCUUUGGUUCCUGUGGAGCAUUGUGGGAGCGUGCGGGGCCUGAUGGGACGCUGGCCCUGGCUGGGAGCCUCGGCUCUUGAACUUAGGAAGGGAGGGUUUCUGCAAUCCUUCCUGCCCUUUUGAUGUAGUGGGAAGACUCUCACUCUGUGAGUUGUAAAUUCUGGCAUUCCUGUGAUAAGCAAUUUAGGGAGGAUAGCCUCUCUGAGAAGCCUGAGAGUCAGGAAGUUAAUUGCGCUCUGGUGUGAGUAAUGAGUCAACAAGAGGCACCUGUUUAAUAUCACUAAUUGAUGACUGAAGUCAAAGAUUGUCAAUCUGUUGAUUGGUCUGUUUGAAUAAGAAUCAAUGAUGAUUGGGUAUCUAUCUGUAAUCCCCACGUGGGACUAAGGUGUGCCUCAGGGAUAUAAACCCCCACUGAGAGAGUGGUCUUUGUUCAACAACAUGGGCGGGAAAUCUUUGUCUAUGCUGUUUGUUCCACCAGUCAGCUGAUUGCCGGAAGGCUGUAAGUUGCGUCUGCCUAAGGGAGAGACGUAGCUUUGAUUCAAGCUCUCUAAGUCAGUUUGUUUCUUGUUUUAACUUUGUAAUUCCUUUUAUGAGAACUGCUUUUACUUUGUUAUAUUUUGUAACACUUUGUUAAACCUGUUUGCUUAACUAUUCUUAUUAAUAAAUAGUAAAAAGGAUUUCUGUUAAGUUUGUUCUUUCCUGAGCCACAGUACUAAAUCUGGUUCCUACGCUGCUUGGUUACCUACCAGACCUGUGUUUAAGUAAUAAGUUGCAAGUUGCUGGUGGCAGCUACCGUUAGUUUUGAUUCCGCAGUUAGCCCACCCGGUCAUAGCUUAGUCGUCCUAAGACAGGGGUGCCGGUCCAACUCUGGAGGGAGGCGGGCGGCACCGGGUGGAGGACAGACGAAAGGUGACUGGGGGGCUAACAUGACAACUUGUAAAAGUAUAAAGAAAAUACAAAUGGUUGGGUUUCUUUAACUGAAAAACAAACUGACUCUAAAGAGACUUUAA